AUGCUCUCAACUGAAAUGCUGGAAGCGAAACAAAUUGGAGUACGAGGACUGUCGUGUUACGGUUUCAGACUGUUAGAUGGGUCAUUUCUAUACGGACCAAUUGCCUUGUUCCCAAAAACGGCUCUCUCAUGGCGUGUUGCUACACCAGAUGAUAUCACUCCACGAUCAUUAUCACUUUUUGCUGCUCUUGAACCAAAAAUUGAUAUUCUGGUUUUAGGUGUUGGCGAUAAAAAGAAUAUUGAUAGAGUUCGUGCUGCAGUGGCACCGUUUCUACGAGAGCAUCAAAUAGGAUUGGAGAUAAUGGAUACAGAAGACGCCAUUGCCACAUUCAACUUUCUGAAUGCUGAAGGACGAUACGUGGGAGCUGCUCUUUAUCCUCCAGAUGAUAUGGUCGUUACAGACAAAGAAUACGGUAGAGCUUUGGCGCUUCUCAAGGGUUGGGAUACGGUUGAAGAGAAUCCGCUACUCACAGGACUCAGCGAUACAAUUAAUCAAGCUGAAGAUCUUGUUAAACGAUUGUGGAGUGGAGAUGAGAAGAGUUGGCAAUCAGCAAGACAAAAGGUUCUCGAGUCACCAUCUCAACGAGAAGAACGAAUGCAAUUGGAAGUUGAAGGAAAGGAGAAGAAACGAAUUGAAUAA